AUGGCCACCCUCGUAGAAUCUGCGGAAAUGGAGACUUUAGGCGGCCAAAGCAACACCGGGGCAUCUCCGACAUCCUCCAGCCCCGCGCAGCACUUCAACGACAGCAAAUUUUACCUGCUGGUGGUUAUCGGGGAGAUCAUUACGGAGGAUCACCUGAAGUGUGCCAUUGCGGACAUAGAGAAAGGGAUCCGCUCAUGGGACACCAACCUUAUUGACUGCAACCUGGACCAGGAACUCAAGCUGUUUGUCUCCAGACACUCAGCUCGUUUCUCAGCAGACGUCAGAGGGCAGAGAAUUCUUCACCAUAAAAGUAAUGUCCUGGAGACGGUGGUACUUAUCAACCCUUCAGAUGAAGCAGUCAGUACUGAGGUUCGUUUGAUGAUCUCAGACACUGCCAGGCACAAGCUGCUGGUUCUCUCAGGGCAAUGCUCUGAAAACACUGGGGAGCUGAUUCUUCAGUCUGGAUCCUUCUCGUUCUUCAAUUUCAUAGACAUAUUCACCGACCAAGAGAUUGGUGAAUUGCUCAGCACCAUUCACCCAGCAAAUAAAGCCAACCUUACACUCUUCUGCCCUGAACAAGGCGACUGGAAAAACUCCAACCUGGACAAACACAACCUGCAGGACUUCAUUAACAUGAAACUAAACUCAACUCUCAUACUCCCUGAAAUGGAGGGCCUCUCAGAGUUCACAGAGUAUUUAUCUGAAUCAGUAGAGAUCCCAUCUCCUUUUGACAUGUUAGAGCCACCAACCUCUGGUGGAUUCCUCAAACUCUCCAAACCGUGCUGUUAUAUUUUCCCUGGUGGUCGCGGUGACUCUGCUCUUUUUGCCGUGAAUGGCUUCAACAUGCUCAUUAAUGGCGGCUCGGACAGGAGGUCAUGCUUCUGGAAGCUGGUGAGGCAUCUGGACCGGGUGGACUCCAUCCUCCUGACCCACAUCGGUGACGACAACCUGCCAGGCAUCAAUAGCAUGCUGCAGAGGAAGAUCGCAGAGCUUGAGGAGGAACAGUCACAGGGUUCGACGGCUAACAGUGACUGGGUGAAGAACAUGAUUUCUCCAGAUAUUGGCGUUGUGUUUGUGAAUCUUCCUGAAAACCUGGAUAACCCUGAACCUAAUUACAGGGUGCGAAAGAAUGUUGAGGAAGCAGCGUUCACUCAGCAGUUCCUCACCAAACUAAAUCUGAGGAUGGAGCCUUUGCAAAGGCCCGUGGGAAACACAAUAGAACCGAUCAUACUUUUUCAGAAAAUGGGCGUCGGGAAGCUUGAGAUGUAUGUGCUCAAUCCAUCAAAGAAUAGCAAAGAGAUGCAGCACUUUAUGAAGCAGUGGACAGGUAGUGAAAAAGACACCACAUCCAUUCUGCUGCCAAAUGGAAAAGAAUCUGAGUUCCCUGUAUCUUACCUGACUUCUAUCUCUUCGCUCAUUGUGUGGCAUCCUGCAAAUCCCUCUGAUAAGGUUGUGCGCGUUCUCUUUCCAGGAAAUGCAACCCAGCAUCACAUCUUUGAAGGUUUAGAAAAACUAAAGCACUUGGACUUCUUGAAGCUGCCAGUUGUCACUCAAAAAGCACUGUCUUCUAAUAUGCCAUCAACACCAACACUAAAGCAAGCUAAGAUGAAACACAGAACAGACAGCAGAGAGAGUCUAAAGUCUACCCCAAAGCCAUCACCAAGCAAGAGCAUAAGGAAGGAAUCAAAGGAGGAAGCUCCAGAAAAGGCAAAGACAGAUGCAGAAUCCACUCAUGAAAAAACACAAAAGACAGAGAAAAAAGAAAAGGUCCUGCUGAAAAAGGCAAAGGCACCUGAGAAAGAGUCGAAAGCAAAGUCAGAGCAAACUGAAACUCCAGAGAAAAAGAAGUCUGAAAUAAAGCCCAAAGCUGAAAAGGAAAGGAUUAUGAAGAAGGAGACCAAAAUGUCUUUGGAAAAGAAAAGGGAGAUUAAGAAAGAGGUAACAAAGAAAGAUGACAUACACAAACAAGAAAGUAAAAAAGAUGAAAAAGUAAAGAAAGAGGAGCCAAAGAAAGUUAUAAAAAGGGACAUCAGAAGAGACUCACCCAUGAAGGAGAAGAAGGAAGAUAAGAAAGAGCUAAAGAGAGAUGUCAAAAAGCCCUCUAAAGACAUAAAAAAGGCCACUGAAGAAAGGAGUCUAGCACCAAAACCAAAGCCCCUGAAAAAAGACGAUGCCUCAAAGAAAGAUGCAGGAACACCAUCAAAAUUAAAAGAGAAAGGUAAGCCAAAGGUUACAAAGAAAGAAACAAAGGUGGAUAGUGGCAAACUUGCAGCUAGUGUUGCUGCUGCUGUUGUAGAUGAUCCAGAAGCAGAAAGAGCUCUGAUGUCCUCACCAGAGGAUCUCACUAAGGACUUUGAGGAGCUCAAAGCUGAAGAGUUGGUGGAGGAUGAUGCGACGGUGCAACAAAAUCAGGAAGAGGCUGUGAUGAUCCACAGUGAAGAAAUAAUGCAGACCAAAGAGUCACCUGAGGCAUUAGAGUCAGUGGACGAGGGUAUAACCACAACAGAGGCUGAAGGAGACAGUGGAAUGACCCCUGAUGAACAAGUUCUUAAGGGAAAACUCAAUGGAAGUGCAAUUGAGAAGUUUGAAGAUGAGGGUACUGUAAUGGAGGAGGCAUCAGAGGGAGGAGAUUAUGAAGAGAAGGGAGAGACGGAGGAAGUUUAUGAACCACAGAGAAUGGAAUCAGAUAAAGACAAGCUUACUCCAAGUGAAGAUGAACACCUAGACAGACAUGAUGAAAUCAAACCAGAGGACAGAGUUGAAGUCAUAGACAAUGUAACCAAUAAAAAUGUAGAAGAUCAGCUCAGAAGUGAAAGGCAAACAGAGAAACAAAGUCUGUUUGUGUCAGCCUCACCCAAAGUGUCCUCGCCUGUUUCUCCAGCUGCAUCUAUCCAUGAUGAAAUGCUUCCUGUUGGCUUUGAGACCUCCACAGCCUCUGAUGAUGAGAACCGAGAUGAAGCCCCUGAAGAUUACACUGUCACCUCUGGCUACACUCAGUCCACCAUGGAGAUCUCCAGUGUGCCUACUCCCAUGGAUGAGAUGUUGACUCCAAGGGACAUUAUGAGUGACGAAAUCACCAAUGAUGAGACUGAAUCUCCUCCACAAGAUGGCGACCGGUUUGAGACAUCAGCGGCUGGGGAGUAUGAUAGGAAGAAGCUUUCUCCACUUCAGGAUAUGCCAGUAUCGGAUCAUUCGCAGAGUGAAGCUACAGAAGGCCAGGACUACACCCACUCCGCUUCCACCAUAUCUCCACCUUCAUCACUAGAAGAAGAUAAAUUCUGUAAGGACUUUCCACCUUCAGGGAAAGCUGAAGGGUUUGACACAGCUCAAGAGUCUUCUGAGAAGUACAGUGCAGACUCAGCUAGACUCAGGUUAACCUCCACGACGUCACCUCUUAUUCGUUCUCCCUCAGUGGAUCGCAAGGAUAUGUUUGAUUCUCCAUCAAUUUUUGCAGCUCCAAUAGAACUGUCCACCACACUGGCAGGGUCCACCAGAGAAAGAGCGGAUUCUUCCAUCAGCCCAGAUGACAAGACACUGGAAGGAGCUAACUCCCCUCAGUCCUCUGGUCACACACCUUACUAUCAGUCACCAGUAGAUGAAAAAGCAGCAAGUCUACCACCUGCAUCAGAAGACAAAGAAGAGGGUCCAAUAAUUGUGGAGGUCACAAGUGAUAAAGAGGAUUCCUCCAACAGAGUUACCCCGGAGCCUGAUGAGCCACAACAAGAAAGGAGUUCCCCUGUAGACAGGGUAAUGUCCCCUCCAAAAAGCCCACCUCCAGCUGAAGCUGAUUCCCCAACAGUCCCCAAGUCCCCCUUUGAUAUAGAUCAGAAGAAAUCUGGAGAAUACAGCCAGUCAGUCUUGUCGUCAGCGCCAAUGACCAAACUUGAAUCAGACACCAAUCCUUUCACAGCUUUCAAAGAAGAGAGUAAAAUGUCCAUUUCAGAGGGUACCACAUCAGACAAGUCAGGAACCCCUCUGGAGGAAGUGGUAGCAGAAGACACAUUUUCACAUUUAGCUUCAGCAUCCACUGCCUCCCUGGCCACCAGCUCUUUGCCAGAGCCAACCACUGACUCUCCUUCCCUGCAUGCUGAGGUAGGCUCUCCUCACUCAACUGAAGUGGAUGACUCGCUGUCUGUCUCUGUGGUUCAGACCCCGACCACCUUCCAUGAGGCCGAGGGAUCCCCAUCCAAGGAGGAUAGCCCCAGGCCCAUGUCUAUCUCCCCAGACAUCUCACCAAAGUCAAAAAGCAGAAUACAGAUGCAGGACACAAAAUCCCCAGAGCACUCUACCAUGUCAAUAGAGUUUGGCCAGGAGUCCCCUGACCACUCCUUAGCCCUGGACUUUAGUAAGCAGUCUCCAGAGCACCCAUCUGUGGGAGGCAGCUCACGUGCUACGGAGAAUGGCCCAACUGAGGUUGACUACAGCCCCUCAGACGGAACAGAUGUAAGACCAUCUGGAGAGCCUGGAUCCACAGUGGAGAAGCCUUUGCUUUUUGAAGAGACUGAUUCAGCCCGUGCCACUUCUGCAACCCCAUCAGAUGCAUCCCAGUCCACACCCUCUGUUACGACCCCAUGCCAAAUGACAGACAUUCCACAUGUGACUGAGCAGUCAGAAAAGUCUCCAGUCACCCCCAAGGCAUCCUCUCUCACCCACUCUCCACAUUCCAGUGAGCCAUCCCCAGUGCUAGGAAGUCCCCUGGGUAAAGACAGCACCAGCCCAAUUUCGCCAUCUGCAGAGAGCAUUUCUAAUAAAUUUGACACACAGCAGAAAUACGACAAGUCACCCUCACCUCCCAAAGCUACUUCCCCAUCAUCUUCUUUUGCCUUCACAAAAGAGGAGAAACCUUCCCCACCAAAGGAGACUAAUCCCUUUAAAUGUGUGGAUUCUACAUUAGAGGCAAAAUCCCCUGUGAGCCCCAAAAUUCCCUCCCCAUCAUAUCUACCUCUCUCCUCUGAUCUGUAUAAUUGCAAUUCUGCCUGUGGCUCCAGGGACCCAGAAUCAACAAAGAGGAGCCCCUCUGCUCCAUCUAAGACAGAUGUUGACCUCUGCUUAGUCACUUCAUGUGAGUACCGUCAUCCCAAGACAGAACUUUCGCCAUCUUUCAUCAACCCUAACCCUCUAGAGUACUUCAUUAAUGAAGAGAAUGCCUUGGGUGAAGAGAAACCUCUGGCCAAGUCAGGAGGAGGACCCCCACCUCCAGGAGGUAAGCUUCCCACCAAGCAAUGUGAGGAGACCCCACCCACAUCCAUCAGUGAAUCUGCCCCCUCGCAGACAGAUUCAGAUGUUCCACCAGGAACAGAGGAGUGCCCCUCCAUUACAGCAGAUGCUAACAUUGACUCUGAGGACGACUCUGAGACCUUGCCCACUGACAGAACCCUGACCUACAGGCAUCCAGAUCCUCCUCCAGUGGCUUUCAGGGACUCUGCUCCCUCCUCAGGCCACCACGAUGUCUGCAUGGUGGACCCAGAGGCCCUCAAGGCUGAAGAAAACCUCCACAAUGCUAACACAGAUGGAGGAGAAAAGGCCAAGAAGAAAAAACUCUCCAAAAAGUCAUCAUCACCAGCCAGGAAGACAGGUCUAUCAAAAGUCAAGGACACAAAGACUGCCUCUCCAAAGAAGAGUGUUGGAGAGGGGAAAGAUGCCAAAAAUGCGACAAAUACAACAGCGUCCAGAGGUGUGAAAAGUGCCACAUCAGGUACUGGCAGUGGAAAGGCAUCAGGUGGGGCAUCUCUGCCCAACUGUCCUCCCAUGUACAUGGAUUUGGUUUACAUCCCCAAUCACUGCAGUGCCAAGAAUGUGGAUGCUGAGUUCUUUAAGCGGGUGCGCUCCUCCUACUAUGUGGUCAGUGGCAAUGAUCAGACAGCUCAGGAGCCCAGUAGGGUUGUCCUUGAUGCUCUGCUGGAAGGAAAGGCCCAGUGGGGAAACAAUAUGCAGGUCACUCUGAUUCCAACCCAUGACACUGAUGUGAUGAGGGAGUGGUACCAGGAGACCCACGACAAGCAGCAGGAGCUGAACAUCAUGGUCCUAGCCAGCAGCAGCACUGUCGUCAUGCAGGACGAGUCUUUCCCGGCUUGUAAGAUAGAGAUGUAGGCCAGUUCUGCAAGAGAUCUGUGAAUCUGGAGGCCUAGUGACUGAUAAUGAGAUGGAUCAUUAUUUGUAGAGGAAAACAAAUCCAUGUAGCAUAAAACCUAAGCAGACACUUAAACACUUACAUACUAUAAUGAUACUAAACCCUAAAUAAUGAAUAUCUGCAAUGAGGACUGACACUAACAGAAGGACAAUGUAUUCUUUAUAAAGUAGAUACAUCAUUGACAUCCUUAUGGUGUUAUCUGAUUUUUAGGCAUAAAUGAAUUGUAGUAGGAGGAAAUUAGAAACCAGCCUAGCCAUGAUUGUCCAACUAUACCAACUCUAGCACAGCUCAAGUAAUGAUGUUGUGGAAUGAAAUAUCCCUGCCUAUGGUAUAUUCUUAAGCAAUGGCUGUUAUCCACACCAAAGGAUAAACAAUAUGUUUUCUGUUAUUGCCUUAGGGAGUCAAAAUGAAUGUAUAAGAACUGGUGCAACUAGCAGAAGAGUAGGCAAACUCUACACACCGGAGGGAAUCCAUAAAAGGACUGUUAAAUGGUUACAUAGUUGAAUGAUGGUAAAUAUAAAUGAACUUGAAGGGAUACUCAACACUGAUUAGCAUUAAUAUGAUGUCUGACUUCAUAUUCAUCACCGGCGAGACAGAGUGCCCCUACCAUUGUGAAACUGUUUCAUAUGUUUUUUAGUCGGCUGGGUUUUAUUUGAUUUAAAGUGGGUGUUUUUCUUCUUUUGUCUGGUUUAUGUUGCUGCUGAUGUAUGAAAAUUAAUUUAUUAUGUUAAAUUAUUGAACGUGAUUGUCCAGAUCGCCUUUUACACUGUGCAACAAAAAGUUGCCUCAGAACUCUCUCCCCUUGCCUUUGUCACAUCUGUAAAAUCGUAUCAUUUUCCACAAUGUUACUGCUUGUUAGAGGCCUGCCUUUUAUUUCUGUUUUAUUUACAGAUUUUAAGUUCUUUAAGAAAGAGAAAAUCAGAUCUUAUUUCUAUUACCUGUUUUUUAUGUAAUCAUUGAGCUAUGGGGGGAGCUAGCCUUUUCCCAAUGUAAAGCUGGUGAAGCAGGAUAUUUUCAUAAACCUUAAAAUGUCUUGUUUUUCUAAAGCAUUGUACUAUAAUUAUAAAUAGCUUCGUGGCCGAUGGAAUGGUUGAAAGACGUGCAUGAGUUAUGAUAUAUUAGGAUUUUUUUCCUUCUUCUUUUCAUGGGGAUUUUGCUCAGACUUGCAUUAGUAACAACAGGGCUAUAUCAGCUAAAUAAAUAAAUGUGAGGAGCAUUUUAUGAUUUCUGCAAGUUGUGCCAUGACAUUGUAUAUUACAGUAAGUCAAGCAGUUGCCUAUGGCACUGUCUAACUGUAAAACUGAUUUUCAGGUUGAUGUGAGCAUUUAGGGGAGGAUGAAAACUUCUUGUGACAUUAAGAGUUUCUCCUCGUUAGCCAGGAUGAAAAGGAAGCAGCUUCCAUGAGAGGCAAAGCCUUGAGAGGGGCAGCACACAGAGAUGAGAGUGAGAGUGACUCGUGUGUUUUAGAUGAAAGUAUGUAAAACAAAAACUAGACACUUUAAACACAAACAUGACACAUACCAAACUAACAGUACAGAGGCCAUAGACUAUCUUUGACGGGCCAGCCUCUGAAGAAAUAUUUAACAAAUCGACGCACGAUGAUUACAGACUUUGCUACUUUGGGUUAUAAAAUCAACUCACCAAACUCACCAGAUGUUUCUGAAAUUAUGUCAGGUGUUCAUGAUACCACUAUACACCACUUCUCCUGCAGGGGAACCUCAAACCAACAACAUGACCAUACUGUCAAGCAACAGCAAACCUACAAAUUCUGAACUGACAUUUCUCUUGACCUGACAUUUCUCUUUUCUCUGUCUUCUUUCUCUACACUCCCUCUAUUCUCUCUCUCUCUGUCUAGUUAUCUCUGCCUUUUUCUCCUCAUCUUUCUCUUGGGAGGACUUUAAUAAUGUUUGUCUGCAGUUGUGUGGUAUAUUUGUCUUGUGAUCAUGCAUCCUCUCCGCCCCUUUUCCCAAACUCAUAUAUAACCUAUAGCAAUUAGUUUCAAGUGAGUAUUCCUUAGUGCUUUCUGAUGUUUGUGUGCAAUAUUUCCUCUAUCCAUAUGGCGAAUCUGAAGUAAGAGGAACUACUACUUAAGAACAAACAUUCAAAAACAACCACAAUAAAAUCUGUUGUGAAAAAUAA